AUGUCAACUAAGGAAAUAUCUAUGCUAGAUGUCGGGAAGCAUUGUAAUUUUUGCAGACAACUAGAUUUUUUACCAUUUUACUGUUCUUCUUGUAAGGGUACAUUUUGCAAAGAACAUAGAACAAAGGAACUGCAUCAUUGUUCUUCAUUAAAGGAGGAAUUAGAGAGUAAAAGAAAGAAUGAACACCAAACAGCCGUUCACAAAAACAUCAAAAUUGGGAAUGAGGAAUAUUUCAAAAAGUUAUUACCGGAACCAGGAUACAUAAGAGUUCAACAAGAACAGAAUCAAAAGCUAGAAAAAAAUAGAAAUUAUAUAAAGUCUCAACUUUUAAAUUCAAAUAAAAAAUCUGCAUUAUACAAACUAAAGAAAUUUUUUGAGAAAAACUCAAAAAAACACAACGGCAGAAGACAAAAGCAAACAACAGGGGCAAAUAAGUUAUUAAUAAUAAAUAAAAUGAAAAAAACUGCCAAAGGUGAUAAAAAAAUCCCGGAAAAUAAUCGAAUAUAUUGUUGGUGUUAUGCAAUUGAUGAUUUUAAGGUACCUGAAAAACAGGAGUUUUAUAUAAAUAAAAUAUGGCCAGUCGGGAGGGUUUUGGAUUAUUUAGCUGUCCAAUUAGAUAUGAAAAAUAUUAAUAAUGACGCUGAUGUUUCUUUAAAAGAUAAAUUAUUUUUGUACAAAGGCGACAAUGAAGAUUCAGCACAGUUAUUAAACACUUCAGAUCGUGUUAAUAAUAAAAUUUUUAAUGGCGAUACUCUAUACGUAGUGAGAGGUGAAGAAACUUUCAAAUAUCAAAGAUUCAACACAAACAAAGAUCCAAACACACACAUAUACUUGCGAACAAAAAUGCCCUUAAAUAUAAUCGGUACUAUUGCAUUUGAAGGCACUGACAAGAUACCAUAUUUUCAACAAAUGAAAACUGCCUUUCCCUAUUUGCUAGGCGUAGGCUUGGCCAAAUAUUUUUUUAUUGGAUCCAAAAAUAUUUGGGAACGUAAUUUACAUGGGAAAGUUUACAUUUUAACAGGUGCUACAUCUAUGGGGAUGGGUACAAAUGUAGCGACUGAAUUGGCAUCUAGAGGUGCUCAGUUGAUUUUAUUAACUAGAAGAAUUGACGAAUGGAGUGAAGAAUUUUUGGAAGAUUUAAGAAAACGUACUGACAACGAACUAAUUUAUUGGGAACAAUGUGAUAUGAGUAAUUUAUAUUCUGUCAGGAAAUUUGCCACAAAAUGGUUGGACAAUUCUCCACCAAGGAGAUUAGAUGGUAUUAUAUUAAUGCAUGGCGAUGCAGAACCAUGGUUUAAUUCUAAAACAAGGAAAUCUAGUGUAGAUGGAUUAGAAAUUCAAAUUUCCACCAAUUUUGCCGGUAGUUUCCAUUUGCUAGAUAUUUUACAGCCUGCUUUCAGAUCGCAACCACCAGAUAGAGAAGUGCGUAUCAUUGUCACCACAUGUCUUUUGCAAUCGCUUGGUGAAGUCAAUGUUGAUGAUCCAUUAUGGUCGAAUCAGAAAUUUGAUGGCAGCUUAAAAUAUUUAAGUGCUUCUAGAAUCCAAUUAAGUUUAUGUUGCUUAGAAUUACAAAGAAGAUUAAAUUUAAAUAAAAAGGAAGACACAGGCCAGGUCACAGUUUCUUUAGUUAACCCUGGCAUUAUGAGAUCUUACUCCUUGAGAAGAAUAAUAAGCAAUGGAUCAAUACUAUUACUUAUAUUAUUAUAUUGCAUUAUUCUUUAUCCAUUUUUAUGGAUUUUUACUAAAAGUGGGUAUCGCGGUUCGCAAUCUAUUCUUCAUGCGCUGAUGACUCCAGAAUUAGAAAGCAUCAACUUAAAAAGGAGUACUAUGAAUAAAAAUAAAGACAAGGAGAAUUUAGUAGUUGAAUCCGGAUUUAUUUCAGAUUGCAAGUUUCGCAAAUUUGCUAGAAAAGAGUUUCAGGAUGAGGAAUUACAAAAAAAGUUGUAUGAUAAGACUAAACAUGAUAUAUUUGAAUUAGAAAAGGUUUUAGCUGUUAGGAGAAAUAGAGAGAAAAAGAAUGAUGACACAACUAAAAAAAAAACAAAAUCUAAAAAUAAAAAAGACUGA